UGUAGGUAUUAAAUUAUUAAACACUUGAAAUGUUUAAAUUUCAAAUGUUGUUAUGAUUUAAAUUUUAAAGAGAUCAAUCAGCACAGUAUAAGAUGCUGAGAGUGUUUCUAAGACAAUAUCAAGUAAUGAUACUGUGUAGUAUUUUAUUUUUCUAUCUGGGUUGUAUGUUGACAUUGAGUUUCAUUAGAAUAGAUUGUGCAUCUGGUGCAACCCAAUUUAAUAAGGAAAAAACUAAUAAAGUUGAGUACAUAUGCCUUGUCUUAAGUGGCCCUGAUAAUGAAGCUAAAAGAGAUGCAAUUCGGGCUACAUGGGCAAACUUUGCCAAUAAUAUUUUCAUUGAAAAUGAUGUUAAGUUGUAUAAGUGGAACCAUACCUGGACUAGACCGAACAUCCAACAAGAUACAAUCAAAGUAUUAUUUGCAAUAGGUACUCAAGGUUUAAAUAAAAUAAAGCUAGAAAAGCUGGUUACUGAAAAUAGCAGAAGCAAUGAUUUACUGCUAUUAGAUAGUUAUGAGGACAGCUAUAAAAAUCUUACUAACAAAUUAAUACAUAGUAUGCAAUGGUUAAGGACAAAUUUUGAUAAUUUGAGGUAUUUAAUUAAAUGUGAUGAUGACUCUUUCCUAAGAAUAGAUUCAAUUGUCAGAGAUUUAGAAGCCUAUGCACCUGAUAUGAAUGAUCCUGUGAUUAAUAAAUAUGUAACUAAGAAGGGAAACCACUUAAAUUAUAAAGGUUUAUACUGGGGCUACUUUCAUGGACAUGCCAGAGUUUAUAUGAGUGGAAAAUGGGAAGAAAGGGAUUGGUUUCUCUGUGAUACAUAUCUCCCUUAUGCUUUAGGGGGUGUUUAUGUUAUUUCUCAAAGUAUAGUAGACUUCAUAGUUAAAAAUUCUGAUAUGCUAAGCCAAUAUCAUGCAGAAGAUGUUUCAAUGGGUGUAUGGACAGCCGCACUCGGUGGAAUUAAUAGAGUUCAUGACAUAAGAUUUGAUACCCAGUGGACAUCAAGAGGAUGCAAUAAUGACAUGCUUGUUCGACACAAGCAGACUCCUAGCGACAUGUUUCAAAUGUAUAGAACAUUGGUCCAUUCCCAAGGUGAAAAAUUGUGUAGGACUGAAAAUACUUUGAGAAAAUAUUACUUUUACAAUUGGAAUGUUUUACCUAGUAUGUGCUGUAAAUCAUAAUAUAAUUACAGCCCUUGUUGUUUUUC